CGCAUUAACUUGAUACUCUUUCUACCUUAAGUUUGCUCAAAAUGGAUUCCAUUAGAAUUUCACAAAUUAUGACAGCCAUUCAGAAUAUAUCAAAGUCAGUGUUUGUAGGAUUGUGUCGUAAAGUGGGGACCUCACAACAGGUGGCCAUGAGGAGAGAUCUGAUGGACGUCAGUGGAAUGAUACAAAAUCAAAUAAUAAGCGGAGAGUUCAGUAUGAUGUUGAGUGGAAGUCGCAGAGAAGGAUUUAGACUGAAAGAAUCAGAUAUGGACAUUAUGAUAUGGCCAAAUAAUCAUCGUGUGAUCUGGGAAUUAUCACAGUCUCAGUAUUACAACACAAACAGACAGACACUGAUCCUCUGUGACCGUUCUGAUAGUCCACCAGGAUUUACUUUGUUAUAUCUACUGUCACCAAGUGUUAAAAUGAAUUAUAAAUAUUAUAUUUCUAGUUCUCAAUACAGACAAAUCACGUGUUCUGCAUUUCCACUUAACACAUCCCAACAUGGACCCUGUGCCAGUGGAAUGUUUGGAACAACAGAGUAUGAUUAUGCCAACUGUUUUGUCAGUGACUUUUGGCCUCCAUCUGCCUCCUCAUGGAUAGACAGAUGUCACUCAUGGCCCGAGCCUCAUGUUGUUGAUGAUAUAGUAAAAAAUGGAUGUCACUUUGUAGCAAUUGGACAUAAGCUAGGAAGUCAUGAAGACCAUGAAUGGAGAAUUUCUUUCUCUCUGGCAGAACAAAAACUAGUGUAUGCAAUGAAUCACUGUCAAUUCUUAACCUAUGGCUUACUUAAAUUGUUCUUAACAGAAAUAAUUAACAAUGGAGUAGGUGAUGAUGAUAAAUUACUGUGUUCCUAUCACAUGAAGACAGCAGUUUUCUGGGUUAUUCAACAAAAUAUAAUACCUCAAUGGUGUCCACAAAAUCUCCUGGAGUGUUUCUGGGUCUGUUUUAAACUCAUCCUCAAAUGGGUGUAUGCGGGAAUCUGUCCUAACUUUUUCAUUCCAGACAACAACAUGUUUCUGAGUAAAAUUCAUGGCGACAAACAACAUCAACUAUUUAUUAGACUGUAUAGAUUGUAUGAGAAGGGUUUAGCAUUCCUGCUACACAGUCCCUCCAUUAAGUCAGAUAUAGAAAAAGUCCUUCAAAACCCGAGACUCAUCAUUUGUACAGAUGAACAAAGUCUGACUUCUGAAGCUGAAUUUGAUGUAUGCUUAUUUAAAGAAAUACAUGACAGGGACACACUCCAUUCAUUAAAUCUACAAAAAUUCAUCACCUGUCUACAUUCAAUAGAACAGAUGAUAGGCGCGUAUAUAGGGUCACCCUUCCCCACACAGUACAGCAUUCUUAUGUUACAGAAACUUACAGCUUCUGUCCUUCAGAAUCUUGCUUUCAAAUUACACAUCAAAACCUGUACACAGAAAAACAAAUCGAGGUAUAAUGCUGAAAAAAUCUCCAUUUACAUGCUGAAACUAGCUUCCAAGUUUGGUUUUAUUAGUGAUAUGAUGUACAUAGCCAUGUAUUAUUACAAGACACUUAGAUACAUGGAAGCUUUAUCUGUUAUUAAGAUAAUGAAGGUCAAAUUAGCACAGCCAUAUGUGAUGUGUAGGAAUUUAGAUGUAGAGAUGUAUACAGAUGCUAUAGGGGGGGACAGUCCUGGCCCACAAAGAUGA